AUGUCUGGAUCUGAAAGCUCGUCCUUAGUGAAAACUUCAGCCAUGUUUAGCUGUGUUUUCAUCAAAGACACUUCGUGUUAUCAGCAACAAGUGCAAUCUUCACUGACCAUAAAUGAAGAGCACAGGGAUGUGUUCACAGAAUCACAACCAGUGACACGAGAGCUACAUUUCGUUUUUGUCUUAAAUAUUAUUUGCUGAGACGUGAUGAGUGUUUUUCUCAGCAUUGGCACCAUCGCAAUGGUGGCAGAAAUUACUCUGGGAAGCUUUGCCAAUGUCUUCAUUGUUCUGGUGAACUUUACUGCCUGCAUCAAGAGAAGAAAAAUCUCCGUAGCUGAUAGAAUUCUCACUGCUCUGGCCAUCUUCAGGAUCGGUUUUCUUUUGUUAGUGUUAAUGAGUUGGUGCUCAACUGUGUUUAAUCCAGCUUUAUUAACUAUACAAGUAAAAAUUAUUAUUUGUGUUGCCUGGGCUGUAAUCAACCAUUUUAAUACCUGGCUGGCAGCUAUACUCAGCAUACUGUAUUUGCUGAAGAUAGGCAAUUUCUCGAACUUUCUUUUUCUUGGCCUGAAGAGAAAAAUUAAGAGUGUCAUUGUAGCUGUUCUUUUGGGGAGUUUGGUGAUUUUGUUUCCUAAUCUUGUGAUGGCAGCCACAUGUGGGAAAGUCCAAGUGGAUGGUCACAGAGGCAACUUGACUGGGAAGCCCAAACUGGCUUAUGUCGUAAACCUUACACUUUUGACGACAUUCACUGUGAACAAUGUCAUUCCCUUCACCACAUCUAUGAUCUGUCUUCUGCUGUUAAUCUAUUCUCUGUGUAAACACCUUCAGACAAUGAAGCUUUACAGAAAAGGAUUCCAAGAUGCAAGCACUAUGGCCCACAUUAAAGCUUUGCAAGCUGUGAUCUCCUUUCUGUUGUUAUUUUCCAUGUUCAUUCUGUCUCUUAUCCUAUCAGGUUACAGUUAUAUGACACCUCUGGAUAAGCAGAUCCGCCUGAUUUGCCAGGUUAUUGGCACCCUGUAUCCUUCAAGCCAUUCCUGCAUACUGAUAUGGGGAAACAAGAAGAUCAAACAGGCCUUGGUGUUGGCGAUGGUGCAGGUGCGAACAAGGCUCUGGCUGAAAGAACCAAAACCUUGA